GGUUUCAAAUGCAGAACUUCUCCAAACAGCUUCUGUGCGUUCCAAGGAGCUCCUCGUUGUAUUUCGUACCUCAGUUGCUUUAUUCACGUAGACUGCUGUUGUUUUUUUUACCUAUCAUCACAGCUUUCUUCACCGCUUGGGCGCAGAGGUGUGAUUAACCUGUGGGCUUUGUUUUCCUACGCAGCGGAUAUAAUUUCUACGGUAGAAUUUAACCAUUCUGGAGAGCUGUUAGCAACAGGAGACAAAGGAGGGCGAGUCGUCAUCUUUCAACAGGAGCAGGAGAACAAAACCCAGUCUCACAGUAGGGGAGAAUACAAUGUUUACAGUACCUUUCAAAGCCAUGAACCAGAGUUUGACUACUUGAAAAGUUUAGAAAUUGAAGAGAAGAUCAACAAAAUUAGGUGGUUACCCCAGAAAAAUGCUGCUCAAUUUUUAUUGUCUACAAACGAUAAAACAAUAAAGUUAUGGAAAAUCAGUGAAAGGGACAAAAGACCAGAGGGCUAUAACUUAAAGGAAGAGGAUGGGCGGUAUAGGGAUCCUACUACAGUUACAACACUACGGGUGCCAGUAUUUAGGCCCAUGGACCUCAUGGUUGAAGCUAGUCCACGAAGAAUAUUUGCCAAUGCUCACACGUACCACAUCAAUUCCAUCUCCAUUAAUAGUGAUUAUGAAACGUACCUGUCUGCAGAUGACCUGCGGAUUAAUUUGUGGCACCUAGAAAUUACAGACAGAAGUUUUAAUAUUGUAGAUAUUAAGCCUGCCAACAUGGAGGAGCUGACGGAGGUGAUAACAGCUGCGGAGUUCCACCCAAACAGCUGUAAUACGUUUGUAUACAGCAGCAGUAAAGGAACGAUUCGUCUCUGUGAUAUGAGAGCAUCAGCACUCUGUGACAGGCAUUCGAAAUUGUUUGAAGAACCAGAAGAUCCUAGCAACAGAUCGUUUUUCUCUGAAAUCAUCUCUUCCAUAUCUGAUGUCAAAUUUAGCCAUAGUGGUCGUUACAUGAUGACUAGAGAUUAUCUGUCAGUGAAGAUCUGGGAUUUAAAUAUGGAGAACAGACCUGUGGAAACAUACCAGGUGCAUGAAUACCUCAGAAGUAAACUUUGUUCACUGUAUGAAAACGAUUGCAUUUUUGACAAAUUUGAAUGCUGCUGGAAUGGAUCAGACAGCAUUGUCAUGACAGGAUCUUACAACAACUUCUUCAGAAUGUUUGACAGAAACACAAAACGUGACAUCACCUUAGAGGCGUCGCGGGAAAACAACAAACCCCGCACGGUUCUGAAGCCACGCAAAGUGUGUGCGAGUGGUAAGAGAAAGAAGGAUGAAAUUAGUGUUGACAGCUUAGACUUCAACAAGAAGAUUCUACACACGGCCUGGCAUCCUAAGGAAAACAUCAUUGCUGUAGCUACUACAAACAACUUGUAUAUAUUUCAAGACAAAAUGAAUUAGGGUUGGCAUUCCUAACUGAAGAGUCCACUUCCUGCAUAGUUGAAAUAGUUGAAUCUAGCAUUUGUACCUGUAAACGAAAGAGAAUGAGAGGUCCAUUAUGGCACCCCUUUCCAGUGUUUAAAAUGUGCCAUAUGACAACACACUUUUAUAGCUACAUGGAGAAAGCUCUGCUGAUGUGUCGCUGAGCUCUCCAUGUCUGCUAGCCAUUUAGGUGAGGAUAGGGCACUUUUUAAUUUAAAUGACUACUUGCACCAUCUUGCCUAAUGGACUAGAUUGGACUGUAUCAACAUCGGUUUACUCCACUUUUUAUGCCUUCCAUUGUGAUGACGUCAAACACAGGGAAAGCCUUCAAUCAUGCUAUGGGAUUUAAUUGUGUAACCUCAUUACUGUAUCAUUUGUGGCCCCUUUUUUUAUUAAAUACAGCUCAUUCUUGCUGUGGCUUGUAGCAUUCCUCCUUCUGGCUUCCUGGACUCCCCCUUUCCCUUUCAUCCCCCUCCACCUCGCCCUGGUGGUGGUGUAUAGAGGAAAAAAAACAAAAAACACAAAAUAAAGCACAUGAGAUGGGUCCGUUUGGGGUCAGUGGUAAAGGGGGUCUGUGUUGCAACAAAUGUUUUAAUAAACAGUUGACUGUAAUCACUCCUUGCCGUGUCUGGCACCAAAAAAAAAAGAAGAGAAAAUAAGGAGAAAAAAAAAAA